GUAGAAUCACAGUCAUGUCAUCGUGCUAGUCAUCUUCUAACAUUAAAUGCGUGAUUGGUUUGUUCCUAUCUGGCGUCUAUCUAACGUCACGCACAACUACAAGAGUUACGUUCAGUUAUACAUUCAUAUAAAGAUACUUAAUCGCCUUUACUAACGAAACACUUGGGAUCCGCGGAUUUUUCAAGAACCUCAAACGAACAUCAGCUGUUAACAUGGCUACCAAGGAGAAAAAAAAUUCGGACGAAAGUGCUACGAAUGGAUACAAGAAAGAAGAUGUCAAGGAAAUAGAAAUACCGAUGCCAUGGGGACAUAUCAGAGGCAAAUGGUGGGGUCCUAGUGAGCUCCAACCAAUACUGGCACUACACGGUCGCCAAGAUAAUUCAGGCACUUUUGAUACAUUAAUGCCAUUGCUGUCAAAUGAUGUUUCUGUUCUUUGUUUGGAUAUGCCUGGGCACGGUUUAUCUUCACAUUACCCAAAGAGUCAAUUCUAUUAUGUGUAUUGGGAUGGUGUCAUAUUCCUUCGUAAAAUUAUUAAAUAUUUCAAAUGGAACAAGGUCAAACUUCUUGGGCACUCAUUGGGUGGUGCUAUAUCAUUUCUGUAUGCAGCAUCAUAUCCAGAUGAAGUUGAUUUUCUUAUAAGUUUGGACAUUGCUAGCCCGAGCGUAAGGGAUGUCAAGAAAACAGCUACAAUCACCGGAGAAUAUAUUGACAAAUUUUUGAAAUAUGAAUUAUUAACAUUGGACAAUGCACCAUCUUAUGAAUAUGGCGAAAUGCUUAAUAUAGUAGAAAAAGCAUAUGAUGGUUCUAUAACAAAGGAAGGAGCAGAAAUAUUAAUGAAACGUGGUAUGCAGCCAGCGCAUAAAAAAGACAAAUAUUAUUUUUCUCGUGAUCCAAGAUUGAAGGUUUCCCUUUUAGGAUUAUUAUCUUUAGAUUUAGUAGUUGAAUACGCAACUCAGAUAAAAUGUGCUUACCUCAACAUUCGUGCUAUUCCUGGAAUGAAAUUUGAAAAUCCUGAAAAUUAUCAGAAAAUAUUGGACAUCAUAAAAGUAGGAGCUAAGAAAUUUGAGUAUCAUGAGGUGACAGGCACGCAUCACGUACAUUUGAAUGAACCUGAAAAAAUUGCGCCUAUAAUCAAGAAUUUUUUACAAAUUUAAUAAUAAUAUUAUUUAGUUAUACAUAUUAAUGAAUUUAGUUAC